UUUAAUAUUCUCAUUGAUCGAAAAAUAAAUAAUGUUCUAAUCUAAAAAAUCGUGAUUCUUCUUUAAUUUGAGUGAAUUAAAGAAGAUGUGCGGGGGUUUUACUUGCUCGAAGAACGCUUUGAUAGCGUUAAACGCUUUGUAUUUGGUUGUAGCUUCAGUUUUGAUUAGCGUAGCUGUUUAUGGUCGGGCGGCUUCAAUCGUAACUAAUCUACCCAUAAUCGGUGGAAUAUUGGCAUGUGGAAUCAUACUGAUCAUAAUUUCGUUAUUGGGGCUGGUCGGGGCUGUAAAACAUCAUCAAGUUAUGCUGUUCUUUUACAUGUUAAUUUUAUUCAUGUUAUUUUUGAUCCAAUUCUCUGUGGCUUGUGCUUGUCUUGGGGUAAACAUGCAGCAACAAGAACAACUUGCUGAACAAGGUUGGGGGAGGGUUAAUAACGAAACGAAAGCUGAAGUUCAAAGGGUUUUUACAUGUUGUGGGUUUAGCGAUCGAUUUUCACAGGCUGAUAAAAAGAUGGGGUAUCCAGAUUGCGAUAAAAUAAAAGAAAAAUGUUGUGGAAAGCUUCAAGUUGAUCCGAAUUGUACAUGUUAUUGUAUUGAUAAAUUACAAAAUACCAUUGAUUAUGCUUUUAAAUUAUGUGGAUGGGUUGGACUUUUCUUUAGUUUCACUGAGAUUGUCGGUGUGGUUUUAACGAAAAGAUAUCGGAAUCAAUACGAUCCUGAAGAAAAAUUAGCAACGGCCGUUUUUCCUAAACAUAACUUUACAUAUUAACGAAUUUCAAAACAAAUUAUCUUUAAUUUGAGUUUAAAUUCGUGGUUAGAAUAUGUUUUUGUUCACUAUUAACCAUGCCAAAGUCUUCGUUUAAGCUUAUUUAAGCUAAUUUAUUGCCAAAACUUUUUAGGUUAGAAUCUCCUUUAUUAUUUUUUUUUUGCUCUAAUUAAAGACAUUUUUAUGAAUUAAUAAUUAAUAAAUAAUAAUUGUUGUGGUAUAUCAUUCCAGUAAAGACAAAAAUAAUAAAAUAUGAUGUAAUUAAUGAUGAAUAAUGGAUGUUUAAGACGUAAUCUUUUUAAGUAAGUAUAAAAUAAGACUGUGUGUGCCCUUGUUAGAUUAAAUAAUUACGAUAUCUAACGAAAAACGAAAAGAUUCUUUUUAAUUUUAGUUGCUAUAUCAUCCAAUCUAAAAUUAUCUGCAAUUGGAUUCUUGAAGCAAUUUUAUUUGUUGUUGUGAUCCUAGAUAAAGUUUUUAGAUAGCUUACGUAAUAAUAUCGUUUAAGUGUUUUAAUGUGUAAAUAUUGCGGGGUAAAAAUCCAUUGCAAAAGCUUGUGAUUAAUUUCUCAGUGAAAAGGUUUUUAAAUCAGCUUUGUUUAAAUCAACUUGUGCUAUCGAUCAACUUAUUUAAAUUAAUUUAUUUUUAAUUUAAGGGUUUUAAUGAUAAUAAAUAUAAAAUUGAGCCUGUA